GAAAAGUCCUCCCCCCCUCAAAAGCUUAGGAUCGUUUUGGGCAGAUCCCAGUUAGCGGAUCGACACGAUUUGUCCACUUUUCAAAAAGAAGGAGUUGUAAUUUUCACAAGCGCCUUACCGACCCUUACACGGUUACUCCAGAGUCCUGUACCCUUUCUCCCCACGCCCUCGCCUUCUUGCUUGAGGCUUAUCUCCCUCAUUUUUUCUUCGUCUGUAAUCUCAGCACGCUCGUCCCUUUCCUCGUCAUCGUCUCCGGAUCCUCCUUCAACCUCUCGACUCUUCAACCUUCGUCCUCCACUCGCUUAGGAGUUCACCGCUUCCUCCAGUCGCUCGCUCAAUUCUCCGGAGUAAACACCCACGGAAUCUCGCUUUGUUGACACGCCAACUCUCUCACGACACUCGCUAUUCCUUGCUCCACCUGCGAUCUGCUUCGCCGUCGUGAUUCUGAUUUUCCAUGUCGCAGUGAUUUUCUCCAACUUGUACUAGACCGAAGCCCAUAGUUGGACUUGUAGUCCCUCUCGGUUCGCCAUGUCGAACCGUUACUCGGUCUUCUCCACACAGUCCGCCGGCUUCUCAGCUGGCCCGCGGCCGGCCUCUCAACAUGCCACCCAGGUCUCAACCACGACGUUGCUAAACGCAUUGCACUCGUUCUACACCGCCGGCCAACCAUACCAGCUGGAUUCGGGUACUAGCUUGGCCGUGAACACAUGGGUCACUGCCACUACUAUCUUACCAGAUGGCCGUAAUGGGGCUGCCGUGGAUCGUGACCUGGCCAUCCGGGCCUGGGAACAUGCUCGUCGACGAGCUGAAGAUGGUUGCAUUAUCCUAGGCUCGCUCCAUCAGUCGACUCCGUCGUUGCUGGAACCCUUCCUCACUGCGCUACCCGUCUCCACCCCAGAGAUAGCCUACACAUCUCUCGCAGCGCUCAGACCCUUCCUCUCUGCGGUGACUUCAUUCAAUCCGUCAUAUUCUCUAUACUCUGCCUUUUCGGCCUCCUACACAUUGACUUUGCAGGGCACUGUCAUCGGCCUGUCUUUGGCCCUUUCCACCUCCGGCAUUAAUGUGCGCAAAGGUCUUUUGGAGAUCCCUGGCGAGGCCGGCUUCCGUGCAUUCGAUGUCUUCUACUACCUCCUGACCUCCGCUUCUACGCCCGCGGAGCGUGAGUUCCUAGACCUCCAAGAACUAUCCAACUAUUCUCUGCUCAAUCGAUCGGGCACCUAUUCACCCCCAUCUUACCUCCCCACUGCCGAUGAUGCAGCCGCGGCCGAGGAUCUGCGUGCGAAUCUCAAGGCCAUUGGUAUCAAGGGUGCUGCACAGCGAGGCUUACUCUCCGUCCUAGCUGGUCUGCUCAAGCUCGGCAAUGCUGCAGGACUGAUGGUUGACCAAGAGGAACUGGAAGAGGUCUGUGAAGACGUUGGCGGUCUUCUUGGAAUUGAUCCCGAGGUCUUGCUGCACAAGUGCUCCACCGAUGAGCGCGAAGUCCUGAUUGCGGGAGUGUACGAAGCACUUGUGGACUGGGUCAUUGGAAAAGCCAAUGAGGCCAUUGCGGCGGAUAUCCACAAUGCUCUGGAGAACGACUCAAGCAAUGGCGGUGCCGGUGCGCCCCAUUAUUCCAACGAGGAUACCGUUGGCUUGACAGUCAUCGACAUACCUCGCCCUGCUUUGGGUAAAGCCAUUGCGAUGCGGGGUGUCUUUGACGAUGAGCUGGGCCUCAAUGCUGAGAUGAAAGAAGAUGGCAUUGCCCUCCCAGCCAUUGGCCAAUCUGUUGUCAAUGAAAUGAACGCCGCGGUGGCCCAGGUCGAGCCCGAUCUCGGCAUCAUGAGUGGUGCUGCUGGUCGGGAACGGGAGCAUGACCUGGACAAGCGUCAAGGCGUUUUGGAGAAAGUCGGAUUGGAAACAGAGGUGGACUCCUUCCUGCGACAGCUCUUGUUCCCGGUUGGGAGCGAGGGAAUAACCCUUGGCAAGCGAGCCCGCUUCGAUCUCGCCACGGUUUUGGGUAGCAGCCGUGUCUGGUAUCAUCUUUCCAUUCACCCCACGGAUGAUCUCCCCGAACAGCUUACCGCCAACACUGGGGCCUGGUCUGCGGGUGCAGUCUCGCGCCAAUUGAGAGACUGGCGACUGCCCGAGUGGGCCAACCGACGUCUGAAGCAGCUCGACUUCACUGCGGACUUUGACGUGGAAGAGUUUGUCGGCCGGUAUGCCCGGCUAGGCUGUGCUGAAGGACAAGAUGGCGUCGAGAACUGGAUCCUCGAGAGAGGUUGGAGCAACGGAGACGCCGUUGUUGGUCAACAGCGCAUCUGGAUGAGAGAGGGUGCUUGGUGGGAGGCCGAGUCGAUGCUCGACCUCAAGCCAGAGGAUAUGCCCUCGAACCCCUUCGGAUAUGGUGCGACCAUGUACGAGCCCGGUUACACUCCUGAUGGCAACCCCAUCGGUGAAAGCUCCAACCUUUUGGGAGCGGAUAUGAUGAUGCACAACCAGAGCGUUAUCGCUCCUAGUGUCAUUGGACCUGCCAAGUCUAUCGCCCCGACUGGAAUCACCCACAUGGCUGCUGGUGACUACGGUCUUGGCCACAAAGGUGACGACAAUAAGGGUGAUAUCGCUUAUUACGAUGACUACGGCCGCUACAUCGGUGAUCUUGACCCCGAGUUCGGCGACCCCAAGCACAUCGAGAAGAAGAAGAUCUCGUUCGGUCGCCGCGUUUGGGCUGGCUUCGUCUGGGCUCUUACUUUCUGGAUCCCUUCAUUCGUUCUUCGGUAUAUCGGUCGCAUGAAGCGUCCGGACGUUCGAUUCGCCUGGCGAGAGAAGCUCGUCUUGGUUCUUAUCAUCCUGUUCUUCAACGGAGUUGUCUGCUUCUACAUCAUCGCCUUCGGUGACCUUUUGUGUCCCAACAAAGACAAAGUCUGGAACACGAAAGAGGUUAGCUGGCACACUGGAGACGACAAUUUCUUCGUCAGUAUCCACGGCCGAGUCUACGAUAUUUCCAAGUUCUGGAAGCUGCAGCACAGUGACACCAGCAUUGAGACUACCUCGUCUAACAUGGAACCCUUUGCGGGAUUGAAUCUCGACGCCUAUUUCCCACCUCCGCUCACCCAGUACUGUGGCGCCUUUGUCACUGACCAGUCGAUCCAGCUGCUGAACAAUGAUACCGACGCGGUGGUGUAUUCCAAUGCAAAGCACAACUGUGGUCCCCGUAACUACCCGGAAACCACGACGAAGCUCCACGAGAUUACCUGGUAUUCAAAGGUCUUCUUGCCUAAGAUAGCUAACUACUACAAGGGUGAAUUGGUCUGGACAAAGAGCACCAUUGAGAAGCAAGCCAACGACUAUUCUCGAUAUUGGGUUAUUAUGAAUCAGAAGGUUUACGACCUUACUGACUACUUCUAUACCGCCAAGACCGAGAACAAUCUUGACACUUACACUUUCCUGCCGGAUGCCGUGACUACCCUAUUCAAGAAUUAUCCCGGUCAGGAUGUGACGGACAAAUGGCAGGAUACCACGGAAUUCAAGAACGCGCAACGAUGCCUUGACUAUGUUUUCUACAAGGGCAAAGUUGAUUUCCGAGACAGUCCCAAGUGUACUGUGAACAACUGGAUUCUUCUGGCAUUCACUAUUCUCAUCUGUGCCGUCAUUCUUGUCAAGUUCCUGGCAGCGCUGCAGUUGGGAUCCAAACGUCGACCGUCACCUCAAGAUAAAUUCGUCAUUUGCUUGGUUCCUGCCUAUACCGAGGGCGAGGACUCUCUCCGAAAGGGCCUGGAUUCUUUGACUGCUCUGCAGUACGACAACAAGCGCAAGCUGAUUUUCGUUAUCUGCGAUGGUAUGAUCGUUGGUGGUGGUAAUGACCGCCCAACUCCCAAGAUCGUUCUUGACAUUCUUGGAGUGGACCCCAAGAUGGAUCCCCCAGCUCUGCCAUUCAGGUCCGUUGGUCAGGGCAGCGAACAACUCAACUACGCAAAGGUCUAUUCUGGUCUGUACGAGUACGAGGGCAAUGUCGUCCCGUACAUCGUUGUGGUCAAGGUUGGCAAGGAGUCUGAGCAGCGCAAGUCCAAGCCUGGUAACCGAGGCAAACGAGACUCGCAAGUCCUUCUCAUGCACUUCCUGAAUCGUGUUCAUCAUCGUGCUCCCAUGUCGCCCAUGGAGUUGGAGAUCUUCCACCAGAUCAACAACAUCAUUGGCGUGGAUCCUGAACUAUACGAAUACUGCUUGAUGGUUGACGCUGAUACUAGUGUCAAGGAAGAUUCAUUAAAUCGCUUGGUCGCUGCUUGUGCAGCUGAUGCUAAGAUCGCCGGUAUCUGUGGUGAGACUAGUCUUCAGAAUGAAGAGCGCAGUUGGUGGACCAUGAUUCAGGUCUAUGAAUACUACAUCUCACAUCAUCUCGCCAAGGCUUUCGAGUCCUUGUUCGGCAGUGUUACUUGUCUUCCUGGAUGUUUCUGCAUGUAUCGUCUGAGAACUGCGGACAAGGGUCGCCCACUCAUCAUUUCAGAUAAGGUCAUUAAAGAGUAUGCUGAUAUUGAUGUCGACACUCUGCACAAGAAAAAUCUGCUGUCUCUGGGUGAGGAUCGUUUCUUGACAACCCUCAUGACCAAACACUUCCCGACCAUGAGUUACAAGUUCAUUCCCGAUGCAUUCGCGAGUACCGCUGCCCCCGAGACUUGGAGUGUGCUUGUCUCGCAACGUCGUCGCUGGAUUAACUCGACUAUUCACAACCUCUUCGAAUUGGCAGCACUCAAGGAUCUUUGUGGUUUCUGCUGCUUCAGUAUGCGAUUUGUCGUGCUUGUGGAUCUUCUGGGAACAAUCAUUCUUCCAGCAACUUGUGUCUACCUUGGAUACCUCGUCUACCGCGUUGCUAGUCACUCUGGGCCAUUCCCCAUGAUCUCCAUCGUUAUGUUGGCUGGUGUGUACGGCCUUCAGGCCAUCAUCUUCAUCGUGAAGCGCCAGUGGCAACACAUCGGAUGGAUGCUCAUCUACCUGCUUGCCUUCCCCAUCUACAGUUUCGUGCUUCCUCUGUACUCAUUCUGGAAGCAGGACGACUUCACGUGGGGUAAUACUCGUGUGGUUAUCGGUGAGAAGGGUGACAAGCGUGUCAUUGCUGUGGAAGAUGAGGGCUUUGACCCCCGCAGUAUUCCUCUGCAGCGCUGGGAUGAUUAUUGUCUAGCUAACAAUCUCCCCGGCCGCCGCGGUGAAGUCGGUGGCAACCAAGAGAAGGUCCAGUACACUGGCCGCUACGUGGAUGAGCAUGCCAUGGAGAUGGACGAUCUGCACUCGCAGUAUUCCUCCGUCAGGCCGGCGUCAACCAUCCUGACUGGCUUCCCCGGUCAGGGUCGCCACACUGGCCCGUAUAUGCCACCGCAGUCCCCAGCUCCCUUCACUGGGGGUAACGUGGCCGGCAACCGCAACUCGCAGAUGACCAGCUUCUCCCGCUAUACUGAUUACCCUCAGCUGGGUGCUCAUCCCGCCGCAUCGGCAUCUCGCCACAUGUCUGUGGGUAACCUCAGUGCGUACCAGGAUAACCAGGUCCUUUCGAGCCGCCACAGCAUCGGCUUGAUGCAGAGCAGUGAGAACCUUCUCGCCGCUUCCCGCUCGCGCAGCCCGCUCGGUCAGCUCCCCUCGCGACCUGCCAGCACUGCGUUUGAUUUCCGCGCAGCCAGUGGUCCGGAUGAGCAAGCUAUCACCGAGGCGAUCCGCCACUGUCUCUCUGAGGUGGAUCUUGACACUGUUACGAAGAAACAAGUCCGUGUCCUUGUCGAACAGCGCCUCCAAAUUUCCCUCUCCGGCGAUAAGCGAGCCUUUGUGGACCGCCAGAUCGACCAUGAGCUCGCCAACAUGUGAUCACCUUACGCGCACUAUCUCUAAUCUCCGUCUUCUUUGUAAAAUGCAUCUACCAGCGCACGUUUCCUCUUUCCGUUCAUCGUUCUAACAAGAAAAUAUUUCGGCAUGUCUGGCGUUAACGUGGGACUGACUAUAUCGGGCUUGCCAUUUCCACUGCUCUUCGGCUAUUGCCUUUCGCUAUAUCUAUUAGUUUUGUGAUGCUGUUUUCUGUUUUUGCUUUCCCCCCUUUCCUGAGCAGAGCACUUUCAGCGAAUGCGGUACUUAGCACGGGGCCUGGUGGCUCUUAGUUGUAAUGACCAAGCAAUAUUGGUGUUUCAUUCUUGCACAAUUCCACUUUCCAGUAGAAAGCAAUGAUAAAGUAUAUUCUUCUUAAUCCUCAACGCGCACUAUUAAUGCUACGCCGGUGAUACCUUCACCAUCAG